AUGAAGGUUCCAAGUAAAAAAACUCUCAUCUCAUCCCUCUCUCGUCUCCUCCACACGGAGAGACACCAAAAAAACUUAACAACAACUCUCUUCAACAGAUACGUCGACAAGACCGAUGUCUUCUCAUGGAACUCCGUCAUCUCCGACCUCGCUCGCAACAACGACUCUUCCGAAGCUCUCCGCGCUUUUGUCUCAAUGCGUAAACUCUCUCUCCACCCUAACCGCUCCACUCUCCCCUGCGCCAUCAAGGCCUGUUCCUCACUUCUCGAUCUCUUCUCCGGGAAACAGACACAUCAGCAAGCGUUCGUGUUCGGUUAUCAAUCGGACACGUUCGUGUCUUCGGCUUUGAUCGUUAUGUACUCGACUUGUGGGGAAGUGGGAGAUGCACGGAACGUGUUCGACGAAAUGUCUGAGAGAAAUAUCGUUUGUUGGACGUCGAUGAUUCGUGGGUUUGAUCUUAACGGUAAUGCCCACGACGCCGUUUCGCUAUUCAAGGAUUUGUUGGUGGAUGAAAAUGGGGAUGAAGUUGAUUCGAAAGGUAUGGUUUCUGUCAUCUCUGCUUGUUCUCGUGUUGCUGGUUCUGGUAAGGGUUUAACGGAGUGUAUUCAUGGGUUUGUGGUGAAGAGAGGGUUUGAGAGAGGAGUUAGUGUUGGUAACACUCUUUUAGAUGCUUAUGCUAAGGGAAGAGAAGGAGGUGUGGGUGUUGCUAGAAAGAUCUUUGAUUAUAUUGUGGAGAAAGAUUGUGUUUCUUAUAAUUCGAUUAUGAGUGUUUAUGCUCAGAAUGGGAUGUCUAGUGAGGCUUUUGAUGUUUUCCGGAUACUUAUGGAUGAUAAAGGUGUGACCUUUAACUCGAUCACGUUGUCUACUGUGUUGUUAGCUGUUUCGCAUUCUGGUGCUCUGCGUGUAGGGAAGUGUGUACAUGAUCAGGUGAUAAGAAUGGGUCUUGAGGAUGAUGUUGUUGUUGGUACUUCGAUAAUUGAUAUGUAUUGCAAAUGCGGAAGAGUUGAGACGGCGAGGAAAGUGUUUGAUGGGAUGAGAUGGAAGAAUGUUAGGACGUGGACGGCUAUGAUUGCUGGAUACGGAAUGCACGGACACGCGGUUAAGGCGUUAGAGUUGUUUCCUGUUAUGAUAAGUUCAGGAGUUAGACCAAACUAUAUUACUUUUGUCUCUGUUUUAGCUGCUUGCAGUCACGCGGGUCUUCAUGUAGAAGGCUGGCGUUGGUUUAAUGCCAUGAAGGGGAGAUUUGGGGUGGAACCGGGGUUGGAACAUUACGGUUGUAUGGUUGAUCUUUUAGGUCGUGCAGGGUAUCUUCAGAGAGCGUAUGAGUUGAUACAAACGAUGAAGAUGAAGCCGGACUCUGUAAUCUGGAGCUCGCUUCUUGCAGCUUGUAGGAUUCACAAGAAUGUUGAGCUUGCUGAGAUAUCAGUAGCGCGUUUGUUUGAGUUGGAUCCUUCGAACUGUGGUUAUUACAUGUUGCUUUCGCAUAUCUACGCUGAUGCGGGGCGUUGGAAGGACGUUGAGAGGGUGAGGACGGUGAUGAAGAAGCGUGGAUUGGUGAAACCUCCAGGGUUUAGUUUACUUGAGUUGAACGGUGAGGUUCAUGUGUUCUUGAUUGGAGACGAGGAGCAUCCUGAGAGGGAUAAGAUUUACGAGUAUUUAGAGGAGUUGAAUAUGAAGCUGUUGGAAGCAGGUUACGUGUCGAACACGGCAUCUGUGUGUCAUGAUGUUGAUGAGGAAGAGAAGGAGAUGACGCUGAGGGUUCAUAGUGAGAAAUUGGCUGUUGCGUUUGGGAUCAUGAACACGGUUCCUGGCUCGACGGUUAAUGUGGUUAAGAAUCUGAGGGUUUGUAGUGAUUGUCAUAAUGUGAUCAAGUUGAUUUCGAAGAUUGUUGAUAGAGAGUUUGUGGUUAGGGAUGCCAAGCGGUUUCACCAUUUCAAAAAUGGGGUUUGUUCUUGUGGAGAUUACUGGUAGUUAUAUCAUAAUUUAUAUUAUAACUUCGUUAGAUUUUUUGUCUUAAUUAUUUUGUGAUUUUAAAAUUUUGUCAACGAAUUAUAUAUUUUAAAUCAGUUUUGG